CACAAACAACAUGCGGAAGUACUGGCUGCAGGCGGCCAACACGGCUUUGUGGGCCUUGAAGUCGAUCCCGUCCACCACGAAGGUGCAGUCGCACAACAACCCCAACUGCCUCUGCUGAUUGAGCUGCUCCAGAACCAGACACAAAGAGACAAUCUCCGGCUGUAUCUGCCCAACACCAGCUGCUGUGUCAACUACUCCUUAUUGUCCUCCUGCUAUAAAGUCAUUGAUCAGAGUCGGGUCCCGGUGUCUGAUUGGCUCCCCAGCAGGACCAGCUGAUAAAGGCCAGCACUAGCCGCAUUACUGAGUCACGGCAGAGGAGAGACUAUGUGCCUGAAGUACAGCCUGCAGGAGCAAGAGGGUCCCUGCAACUCUGGAUUUCCUGGAUAUUCACUUGGAAAUAAGACUCCUGUCCAAUCACAAGGAACGGGUCCAGCUCCUGUCCAAUCACAAGGGACAGAGUCGGGCCUGUGUGACUGUGUUAUCAGGAGACGGGAGUUGGCAAUGGAUUCCAUACAUCACACCUUCAUUAUUAACUGCCACACUGGGACACGGCUUUGCUUUACCGGAGACCCCAGACCAGUCCCAGUGAGAAGCCGAGACCCCUCCAGCCGGGCCCCCAGCACCAGAGAGCGGCUCCGCACCUGCUUCACCCACUGUAUAAAUAACGAGAGCACUACGGACCCCUCCUGCAGCUGCUGCCCAUCACCCAAAGCAAAGGAUUGUGGGAAACUUGUGCCCAUCAGUCAAUGGCAGACUUCACUUGUGCCAACUGAGGGGAAACCUGAGCAGAGCCGCCUGUACAAGGUGUUGGAGGACUCGGUAAAACAAUUCCUGCGGAGCGUCGCUUCCUGUCUCCGAACCCAGAAACCCUAAAUGUUUGGGAUCUAAGAAUGUGCCCAAUCUGUACCAGGGACAAUACAAUCAUUGUGCCCAAGUUGUAGCCAGUAGCCCAGCAGUGAGCCCAUUGCCAGUUUAGCAUGUUUAGCUGCGUGUCCCUGGGGCCCUCGGGGGACGUCCUUGUAUAUGCUCAGGGGUGUGUCUAUAUCUUGCACAUUUGCCUGGAGUCAGUCUUUAUUGGGGUCAAUAUUAGCUGCAUAGAGACCUCUCCACCAUAAACAUAAUCACAGCUUGUGUUCUGGUACCAACCAGUCAUGCGGGACUCUUCCUAUAGAUCAGACAACUAAUGCUGGGUUACUCCUCUGCUGGCUGGCAAGGGAUCAUGGGAUUUGUAGUUGAGAUAUAGCCAUAGUCUAUAGGUCUUGGAUCCAUUAUUAUUACAGGUCGAUAAUCAGGUGCCCCUGGGCCACAGAGGAUUCUCAUUGGUUCUUCCCAGUUAUAAGUAAUGUGAGUGUCACUACUAGACAUUGGCUUCCUAAUCUCCCGGCAGCAUUUUAUCUUCUCUGAGUCAUUUCUUAUAAUAAACCUGAUCUAUAUACUC